AUGAGCGUCCUCCGCAGCGCCCUCACGGCGCGAGCUUCUUCCACUGCUCGUCUGCGCCCUCGCUCUACAGCUGCCAUUGAUUCCUCCGUGUCUCUCCAGCGCCUCCGUCAACCUACCGCAAGCUUCGGAAACAGCGUGCGCCCCGAUCCCCGAGAAGACGACAUUGUGACUGCGCCGACAACUGUCAACCCGGACCACGUCGAUCACGAGCGCGAAUUUAUCCUAUCUGUACUCAGUACCACCGCGACAAAGCGCGAUGCCCGCAACUACCUCGCUCGCUAUCAGCCUCAAACGCGAAAGAAGCAGGCCCAGCGCACCGCCCAGAAAUAUGGGCAGCAGCUGGAGCGCCAAACUGCCGCCGCAGUCGAGAAGAACAAUGGCUGGCGCUUGAAGCAGACAGGCGUCAAUUUGGGCAACCUGUAUGCUCCAACCAAAGCCAUGCAGGAGAGCCCUGUCUUCACUCACCAGGAGCUGCCCGAGGAGACUAUUCCAGAAGAAGAGGUCGUUCAGCCCUUGCACGUUGCUCUGGUCAAGGUCAGAGCUGUCGAUCUGUGGGAUGAAGGAACCCUAUACGGCGUGGGCUUGACUCUUGGUCAGCUCGUUCGCCUCGGUCUGAGCAUAGCGGUCGUAGUCGACUGCGACGAGGAGGGCUCUCCGGAUGCGCCGGAGAAGAUCACAAAAGAAUGGCGGGAAAAGGCAAACGAGCAAGCAGACCGCGUCGUCGAAUCGCUCUGCCGCACCACUCCCCAGGGCGGAGUGCGCAUCAACGAUGCCCUCAGCAUCUCCAAUCCUGAGAACGAGUUCUUCUCGAGCAAGGUUGAAGUGCGGGGCGGCGUUAAUGUUGAAUACCCGAACCUCCUAAUUCCACUCCUACAAGGUGGAAAGAUUCCCGUUAUUCCGCCCAUAGCAUUCACCAGAGGUGACUUCAAGGUCACCAGGAUCCAACCCGACGACGCUAUGCUUGCUCUGACCCGUGAGUUCUCGGGUAUUCGACACAUCGCCGACAGGAAAGUCACCGCGAGACCGUCAGAGGAAAUUACGCUGGAGAGGGUAAUUGUGCUGGAUCCCCUGGGUGGAAUUCCAUUCCCUAACCGCGAUGAUCGCGCCCACGUUUUCAUCAACUUGGAACAGGAAUACGAAGCUAUCAGAAAGGACCUUCAGGAGGCUCAGAUAGCCAUGGCGGAACAGGCCAAGAAGAAGGGCUGGCUCCCGAACCCUUUCGCCAAGUUUACGAAACGAGAACUGGCAUCUCUUCCUCCCGUAAAUCCCCGCGUCUUGGGGUCUCCAGACAAGCCUCUACGUCACCUCAAGAACCUGGAUUUGGUCGAAAGGACAUUGAGACUUCUCCCGCCCGUCUCGUCGGCGUUGAUUCUUACCCCUGCAGAAGCUGCUAUCUCUGCCAUUUCUUCUGACCCCUCAACUCCGGGUGUGCGCACUCGACGCCAGAAGAACCCUCUCAUCCACAAUCUCCUCACCGACAAGCCCAUGGUAUCUUCCUCCCACCCAGAUUCCCCUCUCGCUCAAAUCCCCUCCAUUAUGCCCGCAACAUUCGUCAAACGCGGCAUGCCCGUUACCAUGAUCCCCGACCCCAACAUCGAGCCAUGGCGGCCGCCGCAACCCGGCGAGCCCAGCCUCGAUCUCACGGAUCCGCGCAUCGAUUUCCCGCGCCUCGUCCACCUGAUCGAGGACUCGUUCGGUCGCAAGCUCGACGUCCAGCACUACCUCGACCGCAUCAAGAACAAGCUGGCUGGCGUCAUCAUCGCCGGCGAGUACGAGGGUGGCGCCAUCCUGACCUGGGAAUACCCGCCCGACGCUAUAGGACCCAACGGCGAGCGUAUCCCGCGCCCGCCCGUGCCGUACCUAGACAAGUUCGCGGUUCUGAAGCGUGCCCAGGGUUCUGGUGGUGUGGCGGAUGUCGUGUUCAAGGCGAUGGUUCGGACGUGCUUUCCGGAUGGUGUCGUGUGGAGGAGUAGGCGCGAUAACCCGGUGAACAAGUGGUACUUUGAACGUAGUACAGGGACUUUGAAGUUGGAUGCGUGGGAUGGGAGUAAGUGGACUAUGUUCUGGACGACGGAGGAUAUGGAGAAGGACGAGCAAGUGUGGAAAGAUUAUCAGGAGGUGUGUAAGGGGAUUGUGGCGAGCUGGGUGGAUAAGAGGCCGCCGGAUUGA